UGCAGACAUAGGGGGGCACUGGGAAGGGGCAGAAUAUAAUGACAAUUUAGCCUUGGGGGGGAGGAGAGUGAUGGGGAAAUGAGAAACUCUCCUUAGAUACAGCAGGUAACUGUGAUUGUGAUUGGACAAGGAGAAGAAUACGCGCUGAAUAGAGGUUUCUGGUGCGUAAGCCUCAGCUUUUCUGCGCAUCAUGGGAAACGACAACAGCCGUCAAAGUGAAAAUGAGCAAGAAGCCAGGGUUUCCCAGCAGCAGCCCAGUGAGUACAAACUAGAGGAGCCGUUGCCUGCUACAGGAUCUGCCCCUGCUCUUGUUCCCAAUCAGUUAUACGAUAGCAAAGAGCCUGCCAAAAGCAAAGAAUGUGGAGGCAAAGUGGAAGAGACAUUUUCCUCCUUAAUAACCGAGGACCUGAAUGUGCCCCCUGCAACUCCCAGUGGAGAGGUCCCAAUGCCGUAUGGCUGGGAGGAAGGACAGCUGCUUCCUGCGGUUCCGCUCGCUGAUCUUUAUAUAGCAGGCCUGGGAGACAAGGGAUCAACCAGUAGCCCACACCCUGGAACCAUUAGUGGAGAAUUAAUGGAAGAGGAAAUUGGGCUCAUCGGAAUUUUGAGAGAAUGGGGAAAGGAUGUGCUCCCUGAAAAGCUCCCAGUUAAGUCAGAUAAUAAAUACGAGGACUCCACUUUGUUACCAAAGGAUGAAACAGAAGAGCCUGUUGGUAGAGGGGACCUACAAUUACCAAGCAAGUCAGAAGCAUCUCUUGCCUCCCAGAGCACUGUAGACAUAAAACCAGAAGACAAUGAAUUCCUUUCGGAAAAUGCCAAGGAAACUGAGAUUGCACUGCUUAAAGAGGAGACAAGUGCUCCAGAAACAGCACUCCCUCUCCAUCUAACACAAGAACCCCCAUUAUUAACCCCAAUGGAGGAAGGUCCAUUACAGUCAGAGGGAUUGCUGGGAAGCUCAGACAACCUUGCUGUUCAAACCAUAGAAGAUUGUGUUACUGCUCAGGACACACAGGAAAGUCUGCAGAGUUUUUUUGUCAGUGAGCCCCUGACUGCAGAUGGUGUAAAUACCCAGACAAGUGAUGUGGAAGGCUUAAUCCAGCCUUAUAUAGCAGAUGGCAGCUCAGAAAAGAAUGAAGAUAGAGACAAACUGCCAAUCCAGGAGGGAAUAUUAACAGACAAAUAUGAGGGAAGUGAAGAAACCCCAGCAAUUCUAGAGUUUGCGCCCUCUGUCGCAGUGCCAGAGCAUAUGGGAUGUCCAGACAUAAUUAACCAUAAGCCUAUUACAUCAUCCGUCGAUACACAGUCUGUGCAGCCCGCCAUAGACAAGGAGAGCCUUCUACUGGGACAGAUGGCUGAAUAUACUGGUUAUCAAAAUGUUAUUGAAACGCAGUCCAAGGAAACAGAUACCAUAGAUAUUCUCAGUGCUCGCAAGAUUGUCUCUAAAGACUUGAAACUGGGAAACCAGUCUGACAAUAUUGAUUCAGGGUCUACAAGUCAAGACAAUAAAAAUCAUAACUUUAUAAAGAAGGCCAAGAAAGACAAUUCUUCUCUAAAGGAUGAAUGUCCUUCUGAAUUAUAUAUAGCAAAGGGCAAUGUUGAGAAUAAGGUAACUGAAGGGACCACCUCACAUCAUGUAUAUGGUCCAAAUCCUGAAGGAGACAGUAAGAGCUUCACACUUACAAGACAUAGUCUGUUUGCUCUGGAUCCAUCUUCAGAGGGUAGUAGUCUGCCUGAUAUUACCACAGACAAUGUUGAGGUUGAGGUAACAAUCAGUAAUUCUAAUACGGUCAAGGAAGAGCAUAAAAGUCCCAAAAAGUCCAUUGCAGAUUCCCAGUCUAAAGAGCCCAAGUACAGGAGAGAACAGGAACAGUACAAUGAGGGGCCAAGGCAAGAAGCAGUAACAAAGGAGAAAGGUACUAAAGCAAAUAAGAAGAGUAACAUUAGUAAUAAAAAGCACAAAUCAAAGAGUAAACGGCAGAAAACUGCAAAGAAUGAUACAGAGGCUGUCAAUUUAUCUGUGGCUCCAACCCUAAGUGACGCUUUAGUCCAAAACAUACAUAGUCAAAAUCAAAGUCAUACUGAUGUAGGUGUGAGCACCACAGAGCAGACGGAGAGCAUUAAUGCUGGAUUAUCAGCAUCCCUUCUGUGUGAUGUGAACGUUCUAAACCUCAAGCCACAUGGUGCAACACAGGAGUCAGCUACAGUUCAGCCAACCCAGAACUUUUCCCCUGCAACUACAAUAGCUGAAGCCUUACAGUCCUUAACAGGGGAAAAUUCCAGUACAAUCCUGGGAAGCAUGACUAUAAAGAAUAAGGAGGGGCCCCUAACUGUAUUAAGUCAGCAAGGGAAAGUGUCCUUGGAGGAAACACCCAACCCAGAUUCUGACAGUCUCUUGUAUCCUGUCAAACUUUCAAAAGAUCCAGAACUGCUGGAGGACCCCUUGAAUAGUGUUUCUGAUUUUCAGCUAGCAUCCAAAAAUAUUCACGAAGCUGGUUCUAAUAUAACUAAAAGUACAGGAUAUGUGGAGAAGGAGCUUGUAAAGCAAAUGGAAGCAUUCAGCUUGUCAUCUGCUAAUGUCAUUGCAACUGAUAUGGAACAGGUUGUGAGAGAAAUCCAGAGCAAUGAGACUUCAAAAGAGAAGUGUACACAAGAAAUAACCAGUGCGGAGACACAUGUCUUGCCAUUUAUUGUGUCGUCUGUUAAUUCUAGAACUGAGGAGCUGCUCCCUGAGGAACCUUUUGACAAUAGAGCUUAUAAAGGAACUGCAAAUAGCUCUGAAGCAACCAUGUGCAUUGAUCAAGAUGUGCAUUCAGAAACAGAGACCAUCACAUCUUUUAGAUAUUCUGAACCAGAACUCAAGCCACCUCCCGGAUCUGAAGUAACAAACCAGAGCUUACAAAACAUAUCUGGUUUAGAGUCUACUGAGCAACUAAACAGCAAUCUAACAUCUGAAAUUCUUUCUUGGGGGUCUGCACAAUAUGACCACAAGAGAAAGUUACCUAGUGCAGAUUCACCUGAAGGUGCUUCCAAAAUAGCAUUCACAGAGGCACUAGAAGGACUGCCAUUUGUUGACAGCAGGACUAGUCCCAUAUCUGAAACCAUGCCAGGUACAUGUAAUAAUGACCUUGUGCAAUCUCCUUCUGGCACAGAUAUUCAACUGUCAUUGCUGGAGAGUUGCCCAAGACUUCUAAACCAACAGGAUCGAUGCCCGGAUAUUAAGCCAAGCAAAAUGUCAUCUGUGACUCCUGAAACAAAGACUAAGGAACCACUGUCUGAAGAUUCUAGUAUGAGUGAGGUCAAAGAGUCUCAAGAAAUAAACAAUAUACUUAAAUCUCCAAUAGCAGAGGAAUCACAGGUUCCAAAAACAACACCAGAAUUAAGCAGCAGAAGAGCAGAAACUGGACCCCUAGAAGACAACCUGCUGAGAAUAGAUUGUGCCAAGUUGGAUGAGUUGGAACAAGAUGGUGUCAAUUUUCAAAGCGUCUUUAAAGUUACAAAAUCAGAGGAUAAGGAAGAUUUUUAUUUCCCAUUAUCUCCAGAAAACCGUGAUAAUAAAAAUAACAAACAUAUUGAUGACAUACAGUUUGUAGAUAAUACAGCAGCGGUUCUGUUGCAUGAUGGGAACUUGGAUACUGUACAAAUCAAACCCAAGGAAUUUUUAAACUGUGUUUUUCCAGAUGUAGCACAAAAACAUAGAGCACAGGCUGUAAAAUCAGAGGAAACACUGGCCACUGAGCACCAAGAUACACAUCAGGAAAUUCGCCCCGCAGAGAAACAUCCUGAGGCUGUUUGUAAAGAAAAUCUUGAAUUUAGCCCAGAUAUUGAAAAGACGACAGGAGAUGAUUUUCAGAAGCCUUCAAAUUUGCAAAAUGAAACUUCCAAUACCAAAGAAGGAUUACCUGUUGCUGAAAUAGAGUUAUCCCUACAAAGUGCAUCCACUGAGCAAAGCAAGGAAACUGAAAGCCAAGUUCCUUUGAUCCACCAAGUUCCUCAGGAGAUGCUGGCAUACAAGGAUAGCCUGGGAGAUAAGGGGUUUAUUUCCCAAAUCUCAGAUUUCCCUUCACUAGAGGUGGAAGAUUCCCUCGUGAAACAAGACACAGAAUCUAAUGAAACAGAGCCAGCCAAAGAAAAAUGUGUUGCCUCCAACAAUACUCAAAUGACAGGGAAUGUAGAUCUAGCUGUAAAAGAUAGGAAAAGCAUUCUGUCUCCACUUUUAAAGCAGUUUGGUAAUGGUGUUACUGGUGAUCACACAGAUGAAGUUCAAGUCAAUACUCUAAUGUCAGAUGGAGCACUCGAUUCCAGUAAGAUGGAAGAAGAGUUAACUCUGCCACUGGCUAAAAGUAUUUCUACAGAAGAAGUACCGGACUUAUAUUUUGGCCCAGAAGACACAGAUAUUCUAUCUAAUGUGCCAUGGUCUGUAGAAGAAACAGAAAUACUGUCUGACAUGGCAUACCCCACUUCUAAAGAGACAGAAAUACUAUUUGAUAUUCCAUGUCUUGCUCCUACCAAGUUGGAAUGUUCAUCUGACGAACCUUGCUCCACUACUACUGAAAGAGAAAGCUUGCCUUCUGAUGCUAUUCCUCUACCAGUGCAACUAACAUUUCAAGAGCAGGAUUUAAGGUCUUUGGAGCCAAAUGGCACAAUAAUAUUGGAUGAAAAUAAUAGUGUUUAUACUUUAGAAAUUCCACAUCAAAGAACAGAAAUGGUUUCUGUAGAUACCCAUGGUAGUAAAUAUGGUAUUAUGGAGCAGACACAACCUCCCUUGGAAUGUUUAAAAGAAUUAGCCUUUGAACACCCUAUUGAGGUGUUAGAGCAAGAAAGUGCUGCAAAGGCUGUUAGUGAGGAGAAGAAACCAGGUUCCCUAGAUCUUGAUACUGAAGAAACAGCAGAACCAGCUUCUAAAGGCCCUGCUAAUAAAAUGGAGAAGCCUCUGCCUCUGUUGCCUAUCGGUGAGGUUAAAAUAUCAUCUUUAUUGGAUGUGGAGCCCCUUUCUCUCCAGGAUGCCACUGAGAAGAAGAAAUUGACUUCUGGAGAGCCUGCUGGCAAUGUAGAGGAACAGACUUGUAGGGAGUCUGCUAGCGAAGAUAAGGAACUCACUUUUACCAAUGCUGUUACAGAAGAUAAGACAUAUACUUUAGACUCUGCUACGGAUGAGACGGAGCACACUUCAACCAUGCCGGUUACUAAACAGAUGGAUCGUGCUUUGGCAGAUCAUGGCGCUAAAGGGAAUGAACCCAUUUUGUUAAAGUAUGUCGUUAAAGACAAGCCAUGCAUGCCUGUAAAGCAUGGCAGCAAAAAGGAAAAGAUUAAGGACGCCUUUCCAAAGCCUGAACCAGCUAUAUACCCUUUCAAAUAUGAGGACAAACAGACUUCUAAAGAAACUGCUUUUAUAGACCAAAACUUCUCUGAUAUAGAUUCCCAUACAAAUGAGAAGGAAGCCACUGUGCCAGUCACUAAAGAGACGGAGACAGAACAGGGGGCUCAACGUACAGAACCCACUUCAGUAGAUCUCAUGAAAAAGAAAGAAUUCAGUUCAGCUGCUGCUAAAGAGCUUGAACCCACGUUGGAAGAGAAUGUACCUAAACAAAAGGCACUGACCUCUGUAGAUCCUGCUGUGAAUGAGACGGAAAGGACUUCUGCACAUGCUGUCUCUACAGAAAUGGAAUAUGCCUUUGAAGAGCAUGCAUCUGAAGAGAAGCCACUUGCUCCUGUAGAACCUGCUACAAAAGAAAAUGAAUUGACUUCUGUCGAGACUCUAACUAAUGAUACCGGUCCCAACUUAAAAGAACAUGUACCUGAAAAGACAGAAAUCACAUCUGUAGAUAUAGCCCAGAAAGAGAAGGAAUUCAGCUCUCCAGCUGUUGUCACUAAAGAAAUGGAACCCACCUUGGAAGAAAAUGCAUCCAGGGAGAAGAACGCCAAGGACAGGGAGCACAUUUCUACAGAGACUAAAGGCAAAGAAUCCAGUUUGAUGGAAAGCACUGCUAAAGAGAUGAACAUGACUUCUAUAGAUAAGUACAACAUUGAGGAAGAACAAGUACCUAUAGAAGCCAUUGUUGAACAUAAAACAUUAUCUUUUACUGAUUCCGUCACAAAAGAGAUUGAAGCCACCUCUACAGACCAGACCCAUAAAAUGAUGGAAUUUACAAUGACAGAUCACGACACUAACAAGAACCAACUGUCUUCUUCAUGUCUUGCCAUAAAAGAGAAGGGACAUACUUCUUCUGGGCCUUUCACUAAGGAGACUAAACCCAGCCUAGCAGAAUCUGUACUUAAAGAGCAAGGACCCAGUUCAGUAGACAAUGUCUCCACACAGAUGGAAGUAGUUUCUAAAGAGAAUGCAACAAAAGAGAAGGACCUACAUUUUAUGGUACUUAGUCCUCCUCCUCUCUCAAAAUCUACAUCUGACUCCCAAGUGCCCAGCCCAGGAGGUCCGACUCUAAAUCCAGUGCAUGAUAAGCCUCUUUCACCACACAUGGAUGCAACUGCUGUUAAUACUGCCACCAGAAGUCCAACCUUUCCAGCCCCUGAUUCCUACAGUUUUACCCAGAAGUUGCGCAGUGUUCUACAUUCUGAGAGGACAUCCACCAGAAAAAGUGCAACACCUACCUCCCCGGAACCUCUUGUUCGUCCCGCAAGUCCCAGGCUGGUUGCUGAAGGAACCAUUACUCAAAGGAGCUCUGAUUCUGAAGAAGCAUUUGAAACCCCAGAAUCCACCACUCCAGUGAAAUCUGCCCCCCCAGUCUCUUUCCCACCCCUGUCUGAAGCACAGGAGCAGGAGCAACAGCAGCCACUGGUGCAACACGUAGAGGAAGAGAUUACACAGCCUUCCCUGCCAGCGGAGGACACAGAUUCGGUAUUUGCCGCAGACAGCGUCUCAGUUGCAGAUGAGCCCGGCGUGAUUGAUGAAGUGAACCAGUCUCCUUUUCGAGCCCCUUCUCGCUCCUUUUCUGCCGUUUUUGAUGAGGACAAGCCUAUAGCUAGCAGCGGGGCUUAUAACUUGGACUUUACAGCCCCUGAAACAGAUGAUAUUUCUAGUUCUUCAGAGGUCCCUGUAAGAGCUCGCCGCAAGUCUUCAGAUUCAGUGCCCACCGGUCGAAAUACCCUCUCACGCUCCCUCAGUUUACAGGCUGCGGACUUCCAGAACGAAGAAGCAUUUGGGAGCCAAGGUGGAUCGGAUAGUGCUUGCAGCUCUCUACGCAGAACUAAGAAAGUUCGCACUGGAUCCCUCAAGAAGAAAACAUCAAGUGCUAAAAAGCAGAUAGAGCCUGCUGGGUCUAAGGAGGAGGUGGCAGGGAAUUCCGAAGAGACAGACUUGGAUAAAAACCUGCAGAGAUUUUCAAGUGACAGCCCAACUCCACCCAAAUCAGACCCAGACUUGGAGCCACAGGAAAUCUCAGCCCUGCAAUCCUCAAAUAUUCCUUCUGUCAGUGACCAGGAAUGUAGUGUUGGAGGGGAUGUUGUAGUGGACCCUUGUGCUCCAAUAGAAACUGUCACGGCUUCUCCAUCAUUAGAUAGUCACCGGGGACCUGAGGUCCCCAACGCUGACACAGAAGGACCAGAAAAAACUGGAAUUAUUGGCCAAUCAGUGAGGCUGGAGUUCGACUAUUCAGAGGAGGCACACGAGGGGCAGCCUCCCACCAGAAAGGGCAAGAAACCCUCGGGCAAAAUGCCACUACGUAAGCCCAAGCCAAAGAAGGCAGUUGAGAAACCAGAUGCGCCACCUGGAUCUCCCACCCCUAUUUCUGUUGAACCUGAUGAUAUCCCCAUUGGGAAAGGUUCAUACACAUACAACUUGGAUAAAUGGGAUGACCCUAACUUUAACCCCUUUUCCUCAAGUGACAAAAUGCCGGACGCACCCCUAACUAAUCAGGAUCCUCCAGAACCAUUCAAACCCAUCACCCACCGAUCUGAAUCUCCUGCAAAAACACCAGCAUCCUUUGAGAUACCCUCAAGUGCUGCUGAGCAGAACAUUGGAGAAAGCAAUAAACCAGCUAAGAAGAAAAAGACGCCAUUAAAAACUGACACAUUUAGGGUGAAGAAAUCGCCAAAGCGCUCCCCAGUCAGUGAAAAUGGAACAGAGGAGCUCACCCUGCUUCCCAAAUCGGAAAUACCCCCAGUGAUAGCCUCUGAGGAUCACGCUACUGAUGAAGAGAAACUGGCCUCCUCUGUGGGUCAGAAAUGGUCCUGUAUGGCAGUGGAUUUGGAGCCGGAGAAGAAAGAUUACCCAGAACCCUCGGAUCUCUCCAACUUCGUUAAUGAGAAUCAGUUCCACACCUCAACAACAGAUGAAACUGAAUUUGGAAACUCCUAUAACAUUGAAUACAUGGAGAAGACUGGAACUUGCUCCCCGCUUCAGGACAUUCCCCAAACUCAGUCCCUGUACCUGAUGUUCGAGGGGUCCCAGGAAAGUCCAGGGAAAACUCCUUCCAAGUUCUCAGAGACAAGCACUCCAGGAACAGGAUCCACUUUUGAUGGACUGGAGCCCCCUCUCUGCACAAGGUCUCCCCCCAUCAUGCAGGACUCUAUUCGGCAGCCCCUGGAGAGGCCCCGGCAGAGAGAUGAGGAAACUGGGGGACUCGGAUGUGGAAAGAUGGAACUGGGCUCUCCUGAAGAUGCGUACGUGGCUGCUGAGACCUUGUUGUCUCGAAUUUCCCAGCAAGCAGCCCUCUGUGACCAGCUGAGUUACCUGGAACCUGAUCUAGCUGAAAAGAACCCCCAGGCAUUUGCACAGAAAUUACAGGAGGAAUUAGAGUUUGCAGCCAUGCGAAUUGAGGCUCUGACGUUAGCCAAACACAUAUCCCAGGCCUCUUUGAGCUCUCAGCAUCCUGAGCUCCUGCUUUGGGCACCUUCAGAGCUGGUUUGUCGGGAUAGUUGUAACAGUGUUUCACUGUCAUCUCGCUUGCAGUGCGAGGCCAUCGACCCUACGGAUGUUGGGCUUUCCCACAACUCUCUCUACUCCCGCACUGUGGCCAUGGAGACUGGAAGCAGUGCCCUCUUGCAUCCUUUCCAGCAGUCCGACGUCGACGCUGCUCUCCAGAUUGCCAGGGAAGAGAUUGUAGCCAAGGAGAGGGAAGUGGACGACUGGAAGAAGAAGUAUGAGGGGAGCCACUGCGAGGUGGUGGAGAUGAGGAAGAUUGUUGCAGAGUAUGAGAAAACGAUAGCGCAAAUGAUCGGCAGCCCAGAGGAUGAGCAGAGGGAGAAGUCGGUGUCACAUCACACAGUGCAGCAGUUAAUCUUGGAGAAAGAACAGGCUCUGUCGGACCUAAACUCAGUGGAAAAAUCACUGGCAGAUCUCUUCCGCAGAUAUGAGAAGAUGAAGGAGGUUCUAGAAGGAUUCAGAAAGAAUGAGGAGGUGCUGAAGAAAUGUGCGCAGGAAUACUUGGCACGGGUAAAGAAAGAAGAGCAGAGGUACCACGCUCUUAAGAUCCACGCGGAGGAGAAGCUGGACAGGGCCAAUGCAGAAAUAGCCCAGGUGCGCAGUAAGUCCCAGCAGGAGCAAGUUGCCUACCAAGCCAGUCUGAGGAAGGAGCAGCUGCGAGUGGAUGCUUUGGAAAGGACCUUGGAGCAAAAGAAUAAAGAGAUUGAAGAACUCACCAAGAUUUGCGAUGAACUCAUUGCCAAGAUGGGGAAGAGUUAGCCACCUGCUGACUGUCUGGGGAUGCUUGGUUUUCAAGCUGAGUGCAAUCGGGGGAAAUACAAGUUGGGGGACUCUCGGUGUUUCUAUGUACCUGUUCCCAUCUAGAAUGUAGAGUGGAGGGGCCUGCGGCUCAACGUGGCACAGGAAGCGUGUAACGCGUACUUCUUCCCUGCAUGUCCUUCCUGUAUCAGGGAGGCGGAAUCCUUGGCCGUGUUUCUCUUGCUGUCUUGUCUUAUUUUAUAUGGACUUUUUAUUUUCCCUGACCUGCAUCGAGUCAAAGGGCUUUGAGCUCACGAUGUGUCCUGCUGAGUGAAGACCCCACCGUGUCUUAAUCUGUCCCCUAAAGGGUGACAUUAAUAACAUGCUAAGGCCUUGUUGUUAAAGCAUUGGCGGCUUUAUCUUUUUAAGGAAGACCAUCAACUGUAGGCAUGGAUUGUGUGCUGUAAAUAAAUUAUACUAUUCAAACCCU